AUGGCCGAUCCUCUUCCAGAUUCAGACCAAGACGAGCACCAGUCGACAGAAUCAGGACACGACCAGUUGGAUCGUUAUUGCCUUGAACUAGUGCAGCGGCUCAAUGACGAACUAAAGGACAACCUCUUGGCCGUCCAUCUUUUCGGUUCGGCUGGAUACAGCGCAUACCAGCCUGGCAUCAGUGACAUUGACGUCUAUGCAAUUAUAAAUGAGCCGAUAUCCGAUUAUUUUCACCUGGCUCACCUCAUCAGCAAUCACUCUUUGCCCUGUCCAGCACGCAAACUUGAGUUUGUCCUCUUCACCAAGGCCAAUGCAGCCCGACAAUCGCCCGAUCCCAAGUUCGAAAUGAACUUCAACACCGGCAAGGGUAUGGAAGACUACAUCAACUUGGAUUCCCAUACUGAGCCACGAUUCUGGUUCUUACUCGAUAUCGCCGUUGGUCGCGAGCUAGGCAAGUCAAUCUUUGGACCGCCGCCCGAUACGCUCUUUGCGGCCCCGUCAUCGGAAUGCGUGUUUGAUUGCAUGAUCGAGUCUUUAUCCUGGCACCGCCAAAAUGGCCCUGUGGAUCACAACGGUAUUCUCAAUGCGUGCCGACAGUUGAGGUACGAAAAGACUUCUAUAUGGGGCUCCAAGAAGGAUGGCGGCAACUGGGUCCUUGAAAACUACGACUGUCCCAACAUCGUUACCCUGGCCAUGGAUUCCCGACAUUCAGAAACGCAAUUGCCGCCAGACCUAGGGCUUGACUUCCUGGAUUUUGUGGAAGACGAGAUCAAACGAGACAAGGUGGCAGAUGAGGAGGGUUAA